UAGAAAUAGGAGAAAGUUUAAGGGUGAGGAUGGAGCACCACUGAAGAGACAAGGUACACCUCUCUUCAUUACCCCCCACCCAAACUGUUGUUUUUUGGGCAUUUGGGGAUGGAGUUGGCAUUUUCAUCCCUUCGAUUUUCAUCUCACCAACACAAUGAUUACCGCUACAGAAAGUUAACUGCUCCACCUUCUUGUAAUGCUGCUAACUUGGUGCUCAAAUCUUCCAACAACUUGUCAUCUUUACCUGGAUUGAGCAAAAACUUUUCAAACACCCUUUUGUGUAGAAACUACAGGCACACUUCCAUCCGGGCAUGUUCUCAAGUUGGUACUGCUGGAUCUGAUCCAGUGUUGGAUAAAAUUUCACAAUUUAAAGAUGCCUUUUGGAGAUUUUUGAGGCCCCACACUAUACGUGGGACUGUGCUAGGAUCCGCCUCAUUGGUGACUCGAGCUUUAAUUGAGAAUCCGAACCUAAUCAGGUGGUCAUUAGUAUUGAAGGCCUUUUCUGGUCUUAUUGCCCUAAUAUGUGGGAAUGGUUAUAUAGUGGGCAUCAAUCAAAUAUAUGACAUUGGCAUUGACAAGGUAAACAAGCCGUACUUACCCAUAGCUGCCGGAGAUCUUUCAGUUCAGUCUGCAUGGAUCUUGGUGUUAUUGUUCGCUGUGUCUGGCCUUCUUAUUGUUGGACUGAAUUUUGGCCCCUUCAUUACUUCUCUUUACUGUCUUGGUCUCUUUCUAGGUACCAUUUAUUCAGUCCCACCAUUUCGGCUGAAGAGAUUUGCUGUCAUAGCGUUCCUAAUAAUUGCCACGGUGCGUGGAUUUCUUCUUAAUUAUGGUGUGUAUUAUGCCACCAGGGCUGCUCUGGGACUAAGCUUUGAGUGGAGCUCACCUGUUGCAUUUAUUACUACCUUUGUGACUGUGUUUGCACUAGUCAUUGCCAUCACCAAGGAUUUACCAGAUGUGGAGGGUGAUCGCAAGUUUCAGAUAUCUACCUUGGCAACAAAGCUUGGUGUGAGAAACAUAGCAUUUCUCGGCUCUGGUCUAUUAUUAACAAAUUACAUUGGUGCUGUAGUUGCGGCAAUAUACAUGCCCCAAGCAUUCAGGAGUAGCUUGAUGAUACCUGUACAUGUCAUCUUAGCAUCGUGUUUAGUUUUCCAGGCAUGGUUGUUGGAAAGAGCAAAUUACACCAAGGAAGCAAUCUCAGCAUAUUAUAGACUUAUAUGGAAUCUUUUCUAUGCGGAGUACAUCAUCUUCCCUUUCAUCUAACAACUACUUGAUUAAGGUUUUUGUUCGAUGGAGCUCGAAGAAAUGCACAGGAAAAUUGUCGAUAGAUGGGGGAUGGAGAAUUUCUUUAUCCUGUUGUUGUAUAUUCUUAGGAAAUUCAUCAAUCUAUUCUUAGGAGCAAUGUUUCUUGUAUGAAUCAAUUUUGUCUAUUGUAACACUCUCUAUCUCCAUACGAAAGGAAGACUAGUCUAUGGCUAUGCCUAUAAAUUUGUUCAACCUCAGGAGGAUAAGGUGGUAAGUGGAUAAAUAUAUCAAGGAACCAAUAUAUGAAAUGUUUUUUUUAAAAGGUUAAAA